AUGAAUUCCAGAAUUUUGAUUUUCUUAGGACUUCUCUUUGCAGUCGUUCUUCUUGUCUCUUCAGCUCUAGUAGAAGCAGAGACAUCCAACGAUGAGAACAAACAAGAACCGAGCCAAGUACUAGAUGCGAUAAAGGAUGGUGUAAGUGGAGGCAGUAAAGGUGGAGGUAGCGGUAGCGGUGGAGGCAAGGGGGGAGGCGGCAAAGGCGGUGGUUAUGAAGAAGACAGUGUUGGAGUAAAUCACCACGGUGGCGGUGGUGGUGGAGGUCACCACGGUGGCGGUGGAAAAGGUGGUGGCAAGGGGGGAGGCGGCAAAGGCGGUGGUUAUGAAGAAGAAAGUGUUGGAGUAAAUCACCAUGGUGGCGGUGGUGGUGGAGGUCACCACGGUGGCGGUGGCAAAGGUGGAGGUGGAGGUGGAGGUUAUGAAGAAGACAGUGUUGGAGUAAAUCACCACGGUGGCGGUGGCGGUUAUGGUGGUGGUGGAGGUCACCACGGUGGCGGUGGUGGUGGAGGCCGAGGUGGCAGUGGUUAUGGCGGUGGUUAUGGAGGUGGAGGCGGGUACUGCAAGUAUCGAAGAUGCUGUGGUGGUUAUGGCGGUUAUGGAGGUUGCCAAAAGUGGUGCUGCUAUGCAAGUGAGCCUCAUGAUCAGAAGGAAACUGAAGUCAAGCUCUAG